AUGACCAUGGGCUCUACGCUCGGAGCGCGUGAGCAGACCAAGAUCAGUUUCUGUCAGAGAGGUAAUUUCAUCAGACCUCGUUGGCGAAAUAUCAUGCUGGGAUCCACCUCAGUCACCCUCCUGGGUUUGCUUCCACCGUUCCAACAUAUCUUCCAGUUCAAUGUGCUCCGAGUAGCCGCCGUGCGCUCCUUGUCCCAUGGAUUGAGCGUAUUGAAGGCCGUAAGUCGUGGGCAAAGUGCUCUUCCCGUCUGCUCUUCUACGCAGUCCGUUGCCGAGACAGGACGAGCAGGCGAAGGCGACCAGUACAAAGACAGCAAAGCAGAAAAGAAACAGCAAAAGAAGGGUGAAAGUGGUCAUGGUGGCUCGGGGUAA